GCAUAACGAACAAGCAGACAAGGAUUGUAGGUGGUCAUGUCACUUACGUCAAUCAGUACCCCUGGAUGGCUCUCCUCAUGUACCGAGGGAAGUUUUAUUGUGGAGCCACACUCCUCAACUCGAAGUACAUCCUCACCGCCUCCCACUGUGUCCAUGGAUUCGGAGAGGAAAAGAUUUCUGUGCGAAUAUACGAACACGAUCGCGACACCACCAACGAAACUCAACACAUCGACCGCAAGAUAUCGAGGAUUGUGGCCCACAGUGGUUACAGUGAAUACUCCUUCAACAAUGACAUUGCCCUCAUAGCACUGGACGAAGAGGUACCUCUGGAAAACGGUCUCAGGCCAGUCUGUCUCCCUCCAGCCAAGAAGAGCUUUGUGGGCCAUACAGGGUUGGUGACCGGCUGGGGGGUGAAGAAGGCGGGGGGAGCGACCUCAGCAACCCUGCAGGAGGUGCAGGUGCCCAUAAUGUCCAACAAGGCCUGCAAGAACUCCUCCUACGGCAGUUCCAGGAUCACAGAGAAUAUGAUGUGUGCCGGCUACCCUGAGGGCAAGAAGGAUUCCUGUCAAGGUGAUAGUGGUGGUCCUCUGCACGUAGUCUUCAAUGACGUUCAUCACGUUGUGGGGGUGGUAUCAUGGGGGGAAGGCUGCGCCCAGGCGGACCACCCAGGGGUGUACACCCGCGUCAACCGCUACCUCACGUGGAUACAGAAGAAUACUCGUGACUCCUGCUUCUGUCAAACCCUCGAGGACUACCAGAACUCCCCUACAACGUCCGCCCCUGAGACGUCCUCUGUCGCACCAUGUAACGUGCGGGUGAUGCUAUCUCUUAUCAGUCUACUAGCCCGUGUGUGCAGAACGUGUUGGCGGGGAGGCUACCGCUACUCCGCGGGUUUCUCCGACCUUCCUCGGUCUUCAGUCGGUCCAAGCCCCUCAUCAGCUAACGAUGCUUCCCUCCGGGCUGUACGAUAUCAGUCCGGCUCUAGGCCCUCUCGUGUCGUAGUGAUGUCCCCUCUCUACACUCUUGUCUUCGCCUUGGUCAUAGGCUUCGCCUUCCUUAUACAGGGAUUGGCAAGUCAAACUGACCGGGAUGAUCGAAGGCUUUUUAUGAACGUGUUUACGAGGCGCCCGCUUCUCGAAGAGGCCAGAACAUGUAGCUGUACCUGCGGGGAGCGGAACGAUGCCAGCCGGAUCGUUGGUGGAAACGCCACCGCGGCCAACGAGUUCCCCUGGAUGGUCAGACUGUCGUACUUUAACCGUUUCUACUGCGGCGGUAUGCUCAUCAACGACAGAUAUGUGCUCACAGCGGCUCACUGCGUCAGAGGAUUUAUGUGGUUCAUGAUCAAAGUGACCUUUGGUGAACACGAUCGCUGUGAUAAGAGCUUCAAGCCCGAGACGCGCUUCGUGCUGAGGGCGGUCACGGGUGACUUCAGCUACCUCAACUUUGACCACGACAUCGCCAUCCUGCGGCUCAACGACCGGGUGCCUGUGGCGGAGACCAUCCGGCCCAUCUGUCUGCCCUCCAACGCCCGGGAUCUAUACGUGGGAUCCAAGGCCAUCGCCACUGGCUGGGGUACGCUGAAGGAGGACGGCAAGCCGGUCUGUAUCCUGCAGGAAGUGGAGUUACCGGUCAUGAGCAACGAACAGUGCAAAAAGACCAACUACAAUGAGAAGAUGAUCUCAGACAACAUGUUAUGUGCUGGGUACGCCGAGGGAGCUAAGGACUCUUGUCAGGGCGACAGCGGAGGCCCGCUUAUCAGAGAACGACCUGAUAAGAGAUAUGAACUCAUAGGUGUGGUGUCCUGGGGAAACGGGUGCGCGAGGCCCGGGUAUCCGGGGAUAUACACGCGGGUCACCCGCUACCUGGACUGGAUCCGCGCCAACACGGCGGGCGGCUGCUGGUGUGAGGACGCAGGAGCGGGGGCGGAAGCGGCAAAGCCGGAGAUGGAGUCCACCACUGAACAGCAAACGACGGAAGUAACAACAGAGGCAACAACUAAGGCUGCAGAGGAGUCGACAACAAAGGUCUAGAGGGAAAGACGCACAAUUCUAUUGCGAGAGAGAAAAUAUGAAUAGACUUCCGAAGACCAAAGAAAGAAAUAGUUAUUUUUGUAUUAAUAAAAAGCAUCCUUCCUAAUCAGCGAUUUGUGCAAAGGAAUACACGAUAUUAUAUACCAGUAUCACAAGCGCCUUUUGGCUGAUUAUAUAGUAAAAUGAAAAUAAGAAUGUGAAAUUGUGCCAAGAAAGUGAACAUUAUACUAAAAAAACAUGAGCAAUACCAAUCAAAAUAUAUUGUAACUGUUUUUGUUUGAUUAGUAUCGUGGAAAUUCAACGCUUCCACAUUUUGCCAACUUUGCAUCUAUAAAAAUAUGUUUUCAGUUUAGUUUUCUAUUUUCUCAAGUUUAGCAUUAGCAGGACUCUAGAUAAUAGCUUACUCUAGUUAAAUUAUAUGUAAAUAAAGUAAUUUAUUUUUUAAA